AUGAAAGACUUUGAGUCGAAGCCCGGCUCCUUUCUCUGGGGGUAUCAAGGCAACGACGCUGAGUCUAAGUCUAAGGAGAAGAAGCCUCUUAUGAAAGACUUUGAGUCGAAACCCGGCUCCUUUCUCUGGGGGUAUAGCAACGACGCUGAGGCUAAGUCUAAGGAGGAGAAGCCUCUUAUGAAAGACUUUGAGUCGAAGCCCGGCUCCUUUCUCUGGGGGUAUCAAGGCCCUCUUAUGAAAGACUUUGAGUCAAAGCCCGGCUCCUUUCUCUGGGGGUAUCAAGGCAACGACGCUGAGUCUAAGUCUAAGGAGGAGAAGCCUCUUAUGAAAGACUUUGAGUCGAAGCCUGGCUCCUUCCUCUGGGGGGUAUCAAGGCAACCACGCUGA